UGCUGUGCUGGUUGUGAUCAUGUGACUCCUCCUCCUCCUCCAUGUGACAUCGCUGCAGGUCCUGUAAGCCCUGGAUUCUGUACAACUCUCUGAGUCAAGGUUUCUCCAACCCAGGAUCCUCUGCUGAUAUCUUCUAUAUAAGAGAAUUCUCCUGAUCAACCAUGGAGAGAGACAGGAACAAGAUGGCCGACAGGAUGAUAAACCUCACCCUACAGAUACUCUUCCAGCUUACUGGAGAGGCUUACAUAGUAGUGAAGAAGUCCUCUAGUGGGCGCUGUUGGGCUUCUGUGUCUGAAGGAUGGGGAAGAACCCUAAGCCCAAUCCCGGGGCCCCCAUCUCACUCCCUGAUACCUGAGGAAAUGGAUGAACAGAAGAUCCUAGAACUAACCAACAAGAUAAUGGAGUUGCUGGCUAGAGAGGUUCCUAUAAGGUGUCAGGACGUGGCGGUCUAUUUCUCCAUGGAGGAGUGGGAGUAUGUAGAAGGACACAAGGAUCAGUACAAGGAUCAGGUGAUGAUGGAGGAUCAGCAGCCCCUCACAUCAGCAGUCAGAUCCAGUAAGAGAACAGCAGCAGAGAGGUGUCCCCGUCCUCUUCUUCCACAGGAUCAGCUUUUGAAGCAGGGUGAAGGUUUGAACAUUAUGAAUGUUCCAGUAACAUAUGUGAGCGGUUAUGAGCAGUAUAAGGAGGACAUUUCUAAAUGGAAAGAUUUGAUCUAUAUUAAUACUACAGACAUAAAGGAAGAAGAAGAGACAGAUGUGAGCGGUGAUGAGCAGUAUAAGGAGGACAUUCCUACAGGGAAAGAUCUAAUCUAUACUAAUACUACAGACAUAAAGGAAGAAGAGGAGGAGACAGGUGUGAGCGGUGAUAAGCAGUAUAAGGAGGACAUUCCUACAGGGAAAGAUUUGAUCUAUAUUAAUACUACAGACAUAAAGGAAGGAGAAAAAGAGACAGAUGUGAGCAGUGAUGAACAGUAUAAGGAGAACAUUCCUACAGGUAACCACCCAGAUGACUGUACCAGGAGACCAGAGGAGAAUCUUAUAUCUUCAUAUUAUAAAGCAGAUGAUGAUAUCACACAAGAUACAUAUGAAGAACAUUCCAUUAUCCCAGAUACACCCUCAGCUCUUCACAGCCAAGAUCUGUCAUCUCAUCCUGUUAUACCCGUCCUGUCUUCUGAUCCAUCACAGGCUGGUAAACAGAGAAAAAGUAAUAGAACGAGUAAUGAACAACUUAAAACUCACAAAGGAGAGAAACAGUUUUCAUGUUCAGAAUGUGGGAAGGAUUGUUCUAGGAAAUCGGAACUUGUUAAACAUCAGAGAACUCACACAGGAGAGAAGCCAUUUUCAUGUUCAGAAUGUGGAAAAUGUUUUACUCAGAAAUCAAAUCUUGUUGACCAUAAAAAAACUCACACAGGGGAGAAGCCAUUUUCAUGUUCAGAAUGUAAAAAAUGUUUUCUUCGGAAAUCAAAUCUUGUUGACCAUCAAAAAACUCACACAGGAGAGAAGCCAUUUUCAUGUUCAGAAUGUGGGAGAUGUUUUACUAGGCAAUCACAUCUUGUUUAUCAUCAAAAAACUCACACAGGGGAGAAGCCAUUUUCCUGUCUAAAAUGUGGGAGAUGUUUUACCUCAAAAGCACAACUAAAUAGACAUCAGAAAACAAGUCACACAGUAGAGAAGCCAUUUUCUUGAAUGUAGGGAAUGUUUUACUCAAAUCAAAUCUUGUUGAACAUCAAAACACUCAUAGAAAGAACAUCUUUAUGUUCAGAAUGUGAGAAAUGUUUUACUCGGAAAUCACAUAAUGAAAAAUUUCACUAAAGUAGAGAAAUUAUAUUUCCAUGCCUUAAAUGUGAUAAAAUGUUUUACCCAGAAAUCAAAACUUAUUAAACAUCCAAAAACUCACUCAGGGAUAAUGCUGUUUGCAUGUUCAGAAUGGUGAAAAUACGUUAUUGCAAAAUCUUGCUAGAUAUACACUCGGGUGGAGCCAUUUCAUCCCUAGAAUGUAGAAAAUGUUUAACUGGGAAAUCAGAUCUUGUUGGACAACAGAAAACAGACAGGAGAGAAGCCAUUUUCAUGCUCAGAAUGUGGGAAAUGUUUUAUUCAGAAUUUUAUAAAUGUUUUUUAAAAUUCACACAGGGAAGAAACUGACAUAGAGCACUACAUGAUGUUUAGAAAAUGUCUGCGCUAAGAAAUGCGUAAUGGUCUUGGUCUGGAUUAGGGUGGAGCUUAUGUUUUACAUUUUGUAAAUGUGAACCUCCUACACUCUAUUUUUGUUCAGAUAUAUAAAGAAAAAAUUUAGGCCAAAUAUCUACUCCAUUGGUGAAUAUUUACUGGUAGCUCAAUGUCACUGAAAUUUUACAGAUUCCAAAUAGUAAGGAUCGGCACAUGGCAAUAACCAGCUUAAACAACAAUGUAUCCAUUUGAGUACAACAGUUUGUAAAAUUAUAGUUGGUCAUUAAAAUAAAUAAACCAGUAAAAUAAUUGACAUUAGCUACAUGACAAUCCCACAAAAUGAAUUUCUGUCCAGACUCGUGAUCAUUAUUUUGUUGACAUCAUCAAGUCUUGCCGCAAUUUUUUUCCCCAAUUUUAGACUGUGCCUGACUCAUUCUGCUUACAUCAGUACCUAUUGGCUUGUAUGGACCGGUAUAUAGGCAUGGACUGCUGAUAUCAUCAGAUGCAUAGGCUAUAUAAGCCAGAAACUGCUCAAACACAUCACAUUAUACAUUUAUGUUCAUUUGGGCAAAGUGAUU